ACUUUCAUUUUCUUAAAUUAUGCACAAAAAUUUUGAAUGUAAAUUUAUAUUGUGAUGGUUAAAUCAUUUAAUCUAACCAUUCUCACUUUUUAUUUGUUACAAAAUUACAUUAUACCAAGUCAAAGAAAGACAAAUUAUAUCCAAUAUAAAUUUGGUCAUGUGACCACACUCAAUCAUCAUAUCAUAGGAGUAUUCAUUUCCUUUACAAAAAAUAGUUGUUUCAAUAAUGGAAAAAGUGAAGCUAAUUGCCACUCCUCAAAGCUUCCCUUGUGCUAGAAUUGAGUGGGCUUUAAGGAUUAAAGGUGUUGAAUAUGAAUAUAUACAAGAAGAUUUAUUGAAUAAGAGUCCUUUGCUUCUUCAAUCAAAUCCUGUUUACAAGAAAGUUCCAGUGCUACUUCAUGAUGGAAAAUCAAUUGCUGAAUCACUUGUUAUCCUUGAGUACAUAGAUGAGACAUGGAAGGACAACCCUUUGUUGCCACUAGAUCCAUAUGAGAGAGCACAAGCUCGGUUUUGGGCAAAGUUUAUUGAUGAAAAGUGUGUGGUUGGUGUAUGGGGAGCAUGUGUGGCUCAAGGAGAAGAGAAGAAAAAAGCUGUGGAUGCUGCAUUGGAGUUACUAGCAUUUCUUGAGAAACUUAUUCAAGGGAAAAAGUUUUUUGGAGAGAAAAUAGGGUAUCUUGAUAUUGUGGCUGGUUGGUUAUCAUAUUGGCUUAAUGUCCUUGAAGAACUUGGAGAAAUUGAGUUACUCAAUGCUGAAAGGUUCCCAUCUCUUCAUGAGUGGAGCAAUAACUUCAUCCAAACUUCACCUAUCAAAGAUUGCAUUCCACCAAGGGAAAUGGUGGUUGAAUAUUUUAGUUUUGGCAUCAACUAUGUUCGUUCCUUGGCAUCCAAGGAAUAGGAGGACGAAGUGUACGUUUGGAAUCACAGUGGAUAUGUUAGAAUUACAAUGAGUCGUGGUGAUUUUGCAAUAGUUACAAAUUGUUGCGUCUUAUCGUGAUUCUGACAAAUUUAUUGUAAUAUCUGUUAAUUGUGGUGUUUAGGACUUCUGAUGUGGAAAUUGUAUUGGGUGUUAGUUAUUUUCUAUUUUAGUAACUAUUGUUCAACUUUUAAAUUAAUUGUGGUAGUUAUUGGAUGUUUUAGUUUUAUGUAACUAUGUAAAACUGGUUAUGUGUGUUCAGUAUUUUAUUACAGACAAAUUUUAUGUAAUGACUCCUCUGGUCAUUGUUCAAUAAUUUUCUUUUCUUCUAAUUCAAUUAACAACAAUUGGUAUC